GGCGGAGCGGAGCGGGCGGAGCGGGGCCGGGCGGGCAGCGCCGGCGGCGGCAGCGCUGAGGUAGGGCCGCGGGCGGCGGGGGGCGAGCAGCGGAGCCGGGCAGCAGCGCCCAGCACCCCGCGGGUGAGUGCCCGGUGCCUUCGUCCCCCUUGAGCCCGGGCCAAGCUCUUUCCCCAGAGCUUUGCAGCCCUGGUCCCAGACAUGGCACCUGGGAAGCCUGGGAAGAGCACGGGGGCCUCAGAGAACCCCUCGGUUACACUUUUCCGGGAGUACCUGAGGAUUGACACUGUCCACCCUAAACCUGACUAUGAUGCAGCUGUGCGGUUUCUGGAGCGUGUUGGCACCGACCUGGGCUUGGCCUGCCAAAAAGUUGAGGUGUGCCAGGGCCGUGUGGUGCUGAUCCUGACCUGGCAGGGCACGAACCCCCGCCUGCGCUCCAUCCUUCUCAACUCCCACACCGAUGUCGUGCCUGUCUUCGAGGAGCACUGGACCUACCCACCCUUUGAGGCAGUUAAAGACUCGCAAGGCAACAUCUACGCCCGGGGUGCCCAGGAUAUGAAAUGCGUCUCCAUCCAGUACCUUGAGGCAAUCCGGAGGCUGAAGACAGAAGGGAAGUCUUUUGCCCGCACCAUCCAUCUCACCUUUGUGCCUGAUGAGGAGGUGGGUGGACACAAAGGCAUGGAGAUGUUCGUGCAGCGCCCUGAGUUCAAAGCACUCAACGUGGGCUUUGCCAUGGAUGAGGGCCUGGCCAGCCCAUCCGACACCUUCAGUGUUUUCUAUGGCGAGAGGAGCCCAUGGUGGAUAAAGGUGAAGUGCAUGGGUAGCCCUGGCCAUGGGUCCCGCUUCAUCAGCAACACGGCGGCUGAGAAGAUGCACAAAGUCAUCAACUCCUUCCUGGCCUUCAGGGAGAGCGAAAGGCAGAGGCUAAAGUCCAACUCAAGCCUGACCCUAGGGGAUGUCACCUCUCUCAACAUGACCAUGCUGGAGGGAGGUGUCUCCUUCAACGUGGUGCCCUCUGAGAUGGCUGCCAGCUUUGACAUCCGCAUCCCACCCACUGUGGACCUGAAGGCCUUUGAGGAACAGGUGGCCACGUGGUGCCGUAGUGCUGGGGAUGGUGUCACUUAUGAGUUCCACCAGAAAUGCAUGGACCAACACAUUACCUCCACUGAGGAGUCGGACCCAUGGUGGAAGGCCUUCAGUGGGGUCUGUAGGGACAUGAAGCUGCAGCUCAAGCUUGAGAUCUUCCCGGCUGCCACCGACAGCCGCUACAUCCGAGCAGCAGGACACCCUGCUAUUGGCUUUUCACCCAUGAACCGCACUCCAGUGCUGCUCCACGACCACAACGAGUUCCUGAACGAGCAAGUCUUCCUGCGGGGCAUCGAGAUCUAUGCCUGCCUCCUGACUGCCCUGGCCUCAGUGCCCCCGCUGCCUGCUGAGGGCUGAGUGCCCGGCGAGGGGCAGGAAGGGCAUGCCAAGCAGAGAGACCCAAGGCUUUGAAAAGAGGGGCAGGGGCUGGGCACAGCCAAUACCUGCUAGCAUGCUGGGGAUGUAGGUGUCAUCAUGCCACACUGACUAUGUUCAGGGCUGGCCUGAUGGUGACACCCACGGGGUUGUGUUCCCCUUGGCCAGGUGCCAGUAGAGCCUCACGUCCAUGUGCCUCCUGCCUUUCCUGGUGUUGUCAGUGCCUCUCCUGUCCCUGUGCCAUCUCUGGCUGCACUGGCUGGGUGGUGAGGGGCUGGCCAGUGCCCUGCUCUGCCUCCCCAUGCCUUGUCCUGCCUCCCUGCCCACUUGCUGGGGGAGCUGGGGUCAGUGCUGCCCACCCUCCCUAUCAAUAAAUCUCCUUGGUAAGCACA